UUAUUUUCCAUUUCCACCUCGCUCUCCACUCCCUCCUCCCACCCUUCCUCUCUUCUCGCCGAGCCACCCGACCAAUUCCCCUCCCCCUUCCCCUCGCCCAGAUCGCCGCACUCUGCCCCCUCCCUCCCUGCGCGGCGCGGCGUCGCACAGCACGGCUCCCGGCUCCCGGCUCGGGUGGCGGCCGGAGGAAGUCUCACAGGCGGCGGUGAGGCGCGCGGCGGAGCGCCGCGUGGUGGCGGUGGAGCGCGAGGCGGCGUUGGCGGUGCGGAUGGGGUGGUAGGAGGUGGCGGGAGUGCGGCAGCGGUCGCGGCGGGAGCCAUGUAUUUCUCCAAGCUCGAUGACUCGCCCAUGUUCCGGACGCAGAUACAAUUACUUGAGGAGAGUGCUGAGUUGCUGAGAGAGAGAUGUUUGAAGUUCCAUAAAGGUUGUCGCAAGUAUACUGAAGGACUAGGGGAAGCAUAUGAUGGAGAUAUUGCAUUUGCAAGCUCACUUGAAACAUUUGGAGGAGGCCACAAUGAUCCAAUUAGUGUUGCUUUUGGUGGACCUGUCAUGACCAAAUUUACUAUUGCCUUGAGAGAAAUUGGAACAUACAAGGAAGUACUGCGCUCCCAGGUUGAGCAUAUGCUAAAUGACAGGUUGCUGAAUUUUGUGGAUAUUGAUUUGCAUGAUGUUAAGGAUGCUCAUAAGCGUUUUGACAAGGCUAGCCUCUCAUAUGACCAGGUUCGUGAGAAGUACCUGUCAUUGAAGAAAGGUACACGACCAGACAUAACAACUGCGAUCGAAGAUGAGCUCCACAGUGCUAGAUCUUCAUUUGAGCAAGCUCGUUUCAACCUGGUCACUGCACUUUCUCAUGUCGAGGCAAAGAAGAGAUUUGAAUUUUUGGAGGCUGUUAGUGCGACGAUGGACUCGCAUCUUCGAUAUUUCAAACAAGGAUAUGAACUGUUGCAUCAAAUGGAGCCAUAUAUUAAUCAGGUUCUUGCUUAUGCACAGCAAUCAAGAGAAAGGGCAAACAAGGAACAAGCUUCUCUUGUAGAGAGGAUGCAUGAGUACAAAAGGCAGAUAGACCGGGAAAGUCGGUCUUCUGCAAAUGGUUUGAAUGAUUCUCAUAAUGCUGACAGAAUACAAACGAUUGGUAGAAGUUCACAUAAAAUGAUCAAUGCAGUGAUGCAGUCAUCCUCAAAAGGCAAGGUUCAGACCAUUCGUCAAGGUUACCUCUCAAAGAGAUCUUCAAACUUAAGAGGCGACUGGAAAAGAAGGUUCUUCGUACUUGAUAGUCGAGGAAUGUUGUACUACUAUCGCAAACAAAUUAGUAGGCCACCUGGUGGUUGUUCCAUCCAAAGAAGCGUUAACCCCCCUGAACAUGGUUCUGGGUUGUUGAGCAGAUUGUUCUCUUCUCAUUACCAUGGUAUUGUACAUGAUGAGAAAUCUGUUGCACGGCAUACUGUAAAUUUGUUGACAUCGACCAUUAAAGUCGAUGCAGAACAAUCAGAUUUGAGGUUCUGCUUCAGAAUUAUUUCACCCACAAAGGUUUACACACUGCAGGCAGAGAGUGCAGUAGAUCAGAUGGAUUGGAUUGAAAAGAUAACUGGUGUUAUUGCCUCUUUGCUGAGCUCACAAUCCCCAGAACAGUGUUUUAUGUCAAGCCCUAAAGGCAGUGGCCAUGACCGGAGUACCAGUGAGAGUAGCUCCUUUACUAGUUCAGUGGACUUCGAACCUUCCAUAAGUGAUGAUUUAGUACUGGACUCUGGAAAUGGGCAUCAUGAUGUCAGAGGUCAUCACAGAACCAGCAUGAAACCUGAAAAACCAAUUGACCUGCUUAGGAAGGUUGAUGGCAAUAAUAUGUGUGCUGAUUGUGGUGCUUCAGAGCCUGAUUGGGCAUCGUUAAACCUUGGUGCUCUUCUGUGCAUAGAGUGCUCUGGGGUACACAGAAAUCUUGGAGUGCAUAUAUCGAAGGUAAGGUCUCUGACACUUGAUGUCAGAGUUUGGGAGCCAUCUGUAAUCAAUCUCUUUCAGUCAUUAGGCAACAUGUUUGUCAAUAAUAUUUGGGAAGAGAGGUUACCUUCAUCAAAUAAUGGUCAAUCUGAUGAUAGUUUAAGUGCUGAUGGAUCAGACUCAGCACAAUACCUUGCUGUUAGCAAGCCUAAGCACAAAGAUACUUUCUCUGCCAAAGAGAAAUUUAUUCAUGCCAAGUAUGUAGACAAAGAAUUUGUACGGAGCCAUAGCACGGAUGAGAUUCAGCUAUCUCAGCAGAUGUGGAAUAGUGUAAUGACAAAUGACAAGAAAGCUGCAUACAGCCUCAUUGUGAGAUCACAUGCCAAUGUAAAUUUAGUUUAUGGAGAGAUGCCUUCUAGCUUGUGUUUGACUCUUGGAAAAGCACUUCUGCAAAAGCAUCCAGCUUCACCAUCUGAUGGAAGUCCUAGAUUUUUCGAUUGUAGUUCGCAUGACAAGAUUUCUCCUAUUGAGCCCCUUUCUCCCGCUAGCACGAGUUCACACGUUGAUGAUGUGGAGGACAGUUGUGAAGGUUUCUCCCUGCUUCAUCUUGCAUGCCGUGUUGCAGAUGUUGGGAUGGUUGAAUUACUUUUGCAGUAUGGCGCUAGUGUAAAUAUGACUGAUUCUAGGGGUCGGACAUCCCUUCAUCACUGCAUUUUGAAAGGAAGACAUCUGCAUGCCAAGCUUCUCCUCUCCAGGGGGGCUGAUCCACAAGCCACCGACCGAGAUGGUAGGACAGCAUUACAGUAUGCAAUCGAUGGUGGAACAAGCGACGAAGAGAUUCUUGUUUUGUUAGAGGACCACAGUAGGUAAUCUUGCAAUCACACCUUCAGUAAAUCAAAGCCCCCCCUCUUGGGGCGGUCGACUCAACUAACAUGGCUCCAGGCCCUCCCGGGCCCAGGUUGUCCUGCUGAUAAUCCAAGUUUGAGGCCUGAAAGCAACAUAUGUAUAUGUCCUUUUAGAGCUUCUGCGACAUGAUGCGCCCGAUUUUUUUUCCUUUCUCUUUUUGCUUUUUAUAGGGUUAGUGGUCCUUAUUUAUUCAUCUCGCAAAACAGUUUUGUUCUGUUUGCAGAUGCAUAGUAAAUUUGUAAAUCGAGUUGCUUCUAUUUAUUCUCGUCAUCUUCCAUCGAGAAGUAGCUGCCCUUCUGAUGAAAGAUGAUUGUACAUAUCGAGAUGUGUCGUUGUGAUCUAUGAAAUAUUAGCGUGGUGUGGAUGGUAUAUAUGUAACUGUUGUCUCGGCCCCUUA